AUGUGUGUGUCUGUGUGUGUGCGCGCUACACACCUCUCGAGAUUCUUACGAGUCGCUGUUGAUCAUUUUUUCUUCUUCCUUUUACGUUUACUUUCUUUUUAUCUAUUUUCUUUCCCUGUUCUUUUCCCUUUUCAAAGUCGUAGAUUCAUUCACGUCUGCCCUCGCAGCGUGCUGCGUUCCUUCUUCGCGUCUCCCAUGCUAAAUGUGCUCCCUCUCUCUCUCUUUCUAUCUAUCUGUUGCUCUCUCCUCAGCCUAAACCGCGGCAACAACGUCGCCGGACAAACGGAACGCAGGAGAGGAAGCGCACCUCACGCAACGAGAAGUGAGGUGGAAUGGAAGGCGUCUCCUCUUCCGUGUGUGGAUGUGCAACGAGAGAAAGCACGAGGGAGAAGGAGAAAAAAAACGAUAUAA